AUGGAUGGCUCUUCUCUUGGUAAGCCAGGCCCCUCUGGAAUAGGUGGUAUGCUGCGAAAUCACCAUGGCCAUCUUCUCGAUAUGUUCUCUGUUCCAGUUGGGAUUUUAGAUUCUAAUAUUGCUGAGUUGAGGGCUAUUGUCAAAGCCAUUGGACUAUCAACAUCUAAUUGUCUCCUCCACCAUCAACAUCUCAUCAUAGAAUCUGAUUCUGCCAAUGUUAUUAGCUGGAUGCAUAAGCCUCACAACCGUCCCUGGAAGCAUCACAAUUUUUUCUCAUCUGUUAACAGACUGAAUGUAUAUUUUGGCUUAAUCACCUACUCCCAUAUCUUUCAUGAAAGUAAUUGCAUGACAAAUUGCAUGGCUAAACAAGGAAUGCGGAGAUCAAGUGAAUUUGUUGCCUGA